AUGAAGAUGAUUCUCGGGCUAUCUGAAGCUCUUCCGAGCAUCACGAAGCGGAAGUUUGAGGCUGCAAAGGCAUCGUCGGAUCUGCUGUUCUCGCCCACGGAGCUAGCCAUCAUCCGCUCAUCUGCAGGCAUUCCCUUCCAAUUACGAUACUGCCCGUCGCUCGCCAAGAAACCCAUUCCGAAGCUCCAGAAUGCGACGCCCAAACAGAAGAUCGACCCGUUCGAGAACCCCCCACCUGCCCUCCACCUGGCCGACAUACCAGCCGCCAACCCAACCCAUUUCCUCGUCCUCAACAAGUACCCCAUAAUAUCCGAGCACUUCAUCCUGGCGACAAAACCCAACAAGAAGCAAACACACGUGCUCGAACAGGACGAUCUGGAGGCGACCUACGCCGUCUUGAAGGCAUGGCAGGCAGAAUCGGGCGGCGACGAGAAGCGUCUCCUCGCCUUCUUCAACUCCGGUGACCACAGCGGCGCCUCUCAGCCCCACAGACACUUGCAGUUUCUACCUGUGGAAGGAAUGCGCGAUAGCAACAAUGCUAGCGACUGGGGCCUGCUCAUAGAUCUGAUCUUGACGAGCCCGGCAGCCAAGGCAACUGAACAACAUCCCGCAUUUCUGCAACAUCCUUCUCUGCCAUUUACGCACUUUGCCUACCCAUUCGAAUCUGAGCCUUCAGGUACCCAGUUGCUCGAUGUCUACAACCGUCUGUACGACGCCGCGAAAGCCGCAGUCGACGCCUUCAUUUCCGCGAAUCCGAACGACUUCGCUCUGCACCCCACCGACGACGGCGAUCUACCCAUGAGCUACAACCUUGCCAUGACGACUGCAGGCAUGGUCAUCCUGCCUAGACGUGCCGAGGGCACGAUGCUUCACCGCGAUGACGGCAGUGAGAUCGGCUUCGUCGCUCUGAACGGUACAACGUUAGGAGGGACGAUGAUGGUCAAGCAUCAAGACGAGUGGAACAUGCUACGCCACGAGCCAGGGCUGCUGGACCGCAUCCUGGGUGCGAUUGGCAUUCCGAAACCUCCUUCAUCCAAAGUCGGCUCAUCCAACAUAUGA